AUGGCGACAGUAAAUGAAUCAAAUUUGUGUUCAAUAUGCAAUAAAUCAUCAGCUAGAUAUUUUUGCAUUGGAUGUAAAAGUUAUUUUUGUCCGAAGGAUUUCAAAGAACAUGAACAACAAUUAUGGAUGAAAUUCGAUAGUGAAAUAGUUAGAUCACAUGAUGAACUUCUUGAUCAGCUACGAAAAUUAGAAAAAUCAAAUUGUUUGUCAUUGGAGUUUUUUGAUCAAAUUGAACAAUGGAAGAAAAUAACAAUCACAAAAAUUGAGAAAGCUGCAGAAAAAGCUCAUCAUGAACUCAUCGAUAAACAAAGAAUCAAAUUAACACAACAACUUGAACCAAUUACAAAAGAAAUUUGCUGUCGCCGAGACGAAGAAAAUUUUCUUGAGAAUGAUAUCGAUCAACUUAAACAAAGAAUUGAUGAAAUCCAACAAAUACUUCAACAAUUUAUUCAAAAAGAUACAAAUAAAAUCAUCAACUUCAAUGAUGAUAAAAUUGAUUGGAAUCAGCUCAUCUACAUACGAGGAGAACAACAAAGCUCACCAUUCUUACGCAGUACUAACCUGAAUGCAAAUGCCAAAUGGAUACAGCAUGGUGUCACUGUAGCUGGAGGAAAUGGAUAUGGCAGUGGAUUGAAUCAACUCCACUUUCCAUGGGGUUUAUGCAUUGAUGAUGAUGAUCAAACUAUCUACAUUGCUGAAUACUACAAUAAUCGCAUUGUGGAAUGGAAAUAUGGUGCAACGACUGGUCGAAUUGUGGCCGGGGGGAACGGAUUAGGAAACCAUCUUGAUCAAUUCAACAGUCCGAGAGAUGUGAUAAUAGAUAAAGAAACAAAUAGUCUCAUUAUAAGUGAUUACGGGAAUAAAAGAGUUGUUCGAUGGCCUCGUCAAAAUGGUACAAAUGGGGUGACGAUUAUCUCCAAUAUUGGGUGUUUUGGAUUGGCUAUGGACGAUGAACGAUUUCUUUAUGUUGUUGAUCAUGAUAAACAUGAAGUGAAACGAUAUCGCAUGGGAGAAAAUCGAGGAAAGAUAAUCGCAGGUGGAAACGGGCAAGGGGAUCGUCUUGAUCAAUUGAAUCAUCCGGCAUACAUCUUCGUUGAUCGAGAUCACUCAGUGUAUGUAUCUGAUUACAGUAACCAUCGUAUAAUAAAAUGGAUGAAAGAUGCAAAACAAGGAAUUGUUGUGGCUGGGGGUCAAGGUCAAGGAAACAGUCUUACACAAUUAUCAAACCCUAGUGGAGUUGUCGUAGAUCAAUCAGGUACUGUUUAUGUGACUGAUACUUGGAAUCAUCGAAUAAUCCGCUGGUCUCAUGAGUCCACAGAGGGAAAUGUUAUUGUGAAUGAAAAUGGUCAAGGAAGUCAAUCGAAUCAGCUUUCAUCUCCCACUGGUUUGUCAUUUGAUCAAGAGGGCAAUGUCUAUGUGAGUGAUCAAGGAAAUCAUCGGGUACAAAAAUUCAUCAUUGCUCGAAAUUAA